GGUAGCUGCAUUGAAAUCACUGGCUCUUAUGUUAGCUACUCCUAGUACUCUAAGCACGACCAGCUCAUUACUUUGCUGUUUUCUAGCUUGAGAAUAUAGAUGAACAACAAAAAAAGACUUGUAAUGUAUUGGAUUUAUUCUAAGAUAAAAUACAAGGGCAAAUUCGGAGAUAUCUAAAACCCUUUCUUACACCCUAAGAAGAGAGUGCUUUAAACUGAGAACAACUGUGACAGUGUAACACUCUGUCUUGUGGCAUUGUAAACACACACUUAUUGACAGAAGGAAUUAGUACACCCCAGCCCCCUGGUAGUUGGGGUACAAAUGCCUUCCAAAUAUUGGGCUCAGAUAGUAAUCUAUGGUUAGUUCAGAUGUGAGAUGCAACCCUGUACAUAAUUAGGCUACUUAAAUUUCAGUGGGUUUCAACAGUCUGUGUGCAGGAUUAGAGCCUUACAUUUUAACGUAGAGAAGUGAAUAAUGUCAAAUGCUUCUUUUCAGUCACAUCCUAUAUUUUUAAUUUUACAAAACUCCGAGUGAGUAUACAAGAAUCAGAAUACAGGCUGUCUUCUUUUAUGUGGUUUUCAUUAUUUAAUGGGCAAAUGUGAUAAGGGAGUAAGGAGCUCAGUCUGUGGCAACAUUUGCAAUAUCCGAGGCUCCAAAAUGAAUCCUUGACGUUGCUCUAAUCCACUUCAAAUGUGCAAACCUAAAGUUCUAUCCUCCCUGCAAAACACUGACAGACUGGAGGCACCCAAAAUAUUCUGGAGCUGGGGGACUUUAUGGGCUAGUUCAUUAUGUUAUAUGCCUCCUUGGAUAAAAGGAGGUUUGUUAAUACUACCUUUUAAAAUGGAUAUUUGAAUCAAUCUUUUCACAGCGCUCACUACUCUGCCAUACACAGAUUUGAAGAUGAAGGCUUAAAGAAACCUCACACAAGCAGGAAUUCUGAUACUGCCUUGUGCUGGGUUGUUGAUGAAUGACCCCCAUUAACUUUUGAAAUCAGGGAUGGAACAGGUGAAGAUGGAAGACCACAAAGGAGUUUCAGCAAAAAGAUGGACAGCUUCUUCUAACGUUCAAGUUUGGAUCUGUGGUCACUGUAUCGUCCACUGGGCCCAUGUGCGAGCCAGCAAUUGUGGCAUGGGCAACAACCUUGGUUUGCCUGCAGGUGUUUGUAUUUCCUGGAUUUCAAGAUGUGGUAUGCGUUGGGAAGAGUUAAUGCCAGUUGUGAAAGCUAAAGCAGGAUCUUUUGGUCCUCCCGACAUCCUGAUUAUUCAGCUGGGGGAGAAUGAUUUGGCCUUCAGGAAAAGCUUGGACUUCUUAUUGAACAUAAAGAAGGACUUUGAUGAACUUGCUGCUUUAUUUCCCAUGAUAGCCUUGUUUUGGUCCUCCCUUCUGAAGAGAAGAGUUUGGCACGGCAGUCAUAGCCCUGUGGCCAUCGACAAAUCCAGGAAACUCUUGAAUUGUGUGGUGGCUCGCAAACUGCCUUUUAUGAAUGGCCAUGUGAUUGAGCACCCUGACAAUAGAUUCAGUGAGGUGGCUCUGUUUCAUGACAAUGGCGUUCAUCUUUCCGAUCAAGGAAAUGAUGUGUGGUUGGCUGAUAUCACCCAAAGCAUUAGGGAUUGGUUGCAGCUGUGAGGGUAUUGCCAGCGAACCUCUUUUGGCUCGAGUGGUGGUUAGGCAUUGGAAUAUGUGUAGUGUGUUGGAGGGCAGGUUGUGGCCAUCACCUACCCCUCCUCUUUUUGGGUAUUACAUUAAAGGGAUCCAGCGGUCGUGGAUCCUGUCCGAUGCCCUGCUGGUGGCUAAGGCCAUGGCACGACCCCUGGUGACGUCAGGGGGAGCUUCCAGUUGUAUUUGCAUCAACAAGCUCCUCCCACUGGUUGUUAACCCUCAAAUGACUCCCCGCUGAGCGGGGUGGAGUCAAACAUAAAUUGUUUUAUCCAAUGCCUAAGCCAAUACCACUCACAUGCUGUAACCAAUACAGUUGUGGCCUUAUUUUGCCCAUUAACCUUAAAUACACGUGUCCUUGUGUCUUAUUUAACUCUAUGCGGGUGGCAGGUUCUCGACUCGCAAAGGCAUCUUGCUGGCUGAAACACAGUUCUGAGUGACACUUGAUUAUGAGGCAUGGUACAUACAUUCCUUAGAGACACAAAUCUACUUUAUACAAUCCCUUCCAUCCUGUUAUCACUUUGUUAGCUGCCUUGAGAUACUGGCAGCAGAAAUUCAGAGCUGUAAAACUGAACGUGUUUGGGGGGGGGAGUGUUUUCCAGCUGAAUGAUCUCACAUCACUGAAACCUUUCUCCUCGGCUACUUUUCUUUUCUUUUCUUGAUCUUGUGUCCUCUGUUUGGGGCCUGCUUUGUCCCAUGUUCUAAAGGCUAGUACUGUGCAUUUGGCGCUUGGCAAGUUGAAUGCUACAGCUGCGAAUAAUGAGUCAAUUAUCACCUAGCCAGGGGGAAGGUAGGACAAUUCCCUUUGCUAGCUGCACUGAGGUGAUUUUCUCCCCCUCGCCAUCUCCUUCAAUAUGAAGGACAAAAAUACACAAAUUGGCAUUCAAAAUACAGAUAGAAUACUUUAGCAAAAAAAAAAAAAGUGCUCCAGAAGUAUUUUUUAAAAUACUUUGAUUGAGGGUGUGUUAUAAAAUUAUUUAGGAUAAAACCCUGCAGGAUGUGUCUUGCACCACCUGCAUAUAUUUUGUUGAAGUCAACCUAGGAGGCUAUUUUACCAUUAUCUCCAGUGUGGAAGCCAUUUUGAGCAGGUGGCUGUGAUUAGGACAGCGGCCAAAGAACCGUACACUGGUCCAAAUGAAUUCUAUGCUAUUAUUAUUUAUUAUAUAUUUAUUUAUAGACCACCUUUCUUCUUGACAGGGACUCAGGGUGGCUUGCAGAUAAACAUAGAGUCCUGCUGAAUCUAUGAAAGGGCCUAUCUAGUCCAUCGUUCUGUUCUCACAAUGGCCGACUAAAUAUCCAUGAGAAACCACAAUCUGAAUGCAACUGUGCUCUCCUAAUCUGUGGUUUCCAGAAACUAGUAUUCAGAGGCAUAGCGCCUCUGACAGUGGAGGUUAUAUAAACCGUAAGAAUUGUGGUUAAACUCUGAAAAUUCAGGUUACAGGUAGGUAGCCGUGUUGGUCUGGAUCGAAGUAAAAUAAAAAUAAAAAUAAAAAAAUAAAAAAAUUCCUUCAGUAGCACCUUAAAGACCAACUAAGUCAAAAUAAAAUAAAAUUAAUAUUUUUAUUACCAAAAUAAAAACUUAGUUGGUCUGAAAAUUCAGUGCCUGAACGAAAAUUGUUGACAGCCUCUUGAUUUUGAUUUUUCUUCCAUUUCACUCUAUCCGUUUGCCUAGCUGUUUAUACAUGCUAAGUAUAAUGGGAAUGGUUAUCUAAAGAGUGAAAGGCAGGUCUUUAAUAUUUUAAAGGCUUAUUUCCUUUUAUUUUUCAGUAAAAACCUUCAUAUUCUGGCAAGCUUAAAGUUACAGUGCUGAAUGGGAAUUGACAAACAUGGUUCCCCUCCCCGAGAAACUAUUAA